GUUAUUCAUCCGUUGGCGGGUCUUUACUGCAGUGCAGGUCGCAAUAUCACAACGUGUGACCGUCCCGGGAAGGCCGUAUAAACUGACGUUGUUGUGGGUUGAGAUAUAGCUACUUCAGGUAUUCUUUUGUUACUUCUUUCAGCGCGUAACACACACACCACAAAUGAACCGGCAGAGAGAAUGACGGGUUAGGGUUACGUUUGCCACCCUGCAACACGAUUCAACACCUAGCUAGCUGUUGUCUGAUUCACAGCGUUUCCUGUCUUCCAAGGCUUCCUAUAUUACCUUCACAUGCUACCUUCUCCUCAGGAUUCGGCUAACUUGAGCCACUGGGUUCAUAAACAGAAGGUUGCAGUUACGUCAAAAGUGUCGAAGCGAUUCAGCAAAAACUCGCCAGUCGGGACCCCGGUUAUACAGAACCCCACCUCCAAGACGAAAGCUGCCUGCUUACAAAGUGUCCUUUAUUCGUUAACACGGAAAUUCGUAAUCGGAACGGAUAAGGGAAUAAACCGAGUGGGUCUGAGUGUCACUUCCGAGCGUCAUGGAAGCACCGGAUAGAAGCGAAGACCCUAUGGUCAUGUCAAAUAUACCUUUGUCAAGCCGGAAUAAGGCUGUAACGCCCUAUACUUAUCUAUUUGGGCCUGAAUCAAAAGAAACAGCUGAUGAUACUGUGGACAUAGGCAUGAGUUACGUUGCGCCUCCAAUAGGAAGAAUGGCAGCAGAGCCAACCAAGGAGGAAAAAUUCGCGUCCGAAUUUGGAAAGGUGGGCGCUGUGUUCGGAUUUAUUGGGAUUUUAUUCUAUGUUUUCGAUGUUGGAUCUGACAUUCAGAUGGCUGUGAUGUAUUUCAUAGGAGGGGAGCUACUGUAUGGGUCUGUGACGCUGGUUCUGAUUGUUGUGCCAUCACUGGUGAUAUGUGUGCUGGGGCUCAUCUGGUAUGCUGUGGACUACGACAAAGAACAGAAGGCACUGGAUGAAGCAAAACGGGAUGAAGACCCAAGUAUGCUUGGAAAAGUGAAAGAGUUGCUAACACCAGCUUAUUUGUGGCCGAUAAGGGUCAUCGUGACACUUCUACAAUUUGGAAUGGUAUUCAGGAUUUACGAGUAUUUAAAGAGUGGUCGCAAGUUCAUGGAGACAAAGGGCCCGAAGAAGAAGGUCUACUAUUGGCGGGUGAUGUGCCAAGAUGUGAAUGUGUGUCUCCUGCAGCUGUUUGAGAGUUUCCUGGAAUCGUCUCCACAACUCACCUGGCAGCUGUAUGUGUGGAUCACGCUGAAGCCGGAGGAGGAUGUGGUGGGAUUAUCAGGACGUGUUAUAGGACUGCUCUCCUCCUGGAUAUCGCCGACAAUGAGUCUGAUGCUUUAUCACCGAGCUAUCAGGUUUUCCAGAGCUCGAGAUGGUUUCAAGCCAAUGACGUUUAGAUCCAUCCCUUUCUAUUUGAUAUGGCGGGCAUGUGAGUUGGGGACGCGCGUUCUAUGCAUAUCUCUGUUCGCGUCUUCCUUCCAAGCGAGUGUGUUAGUCCCUGUCGGGGUCCACUGGUUCUUAAUUUCUGCCUGGCUCAUGUGCCAGGAGGUCAAGUUCUACGAAAAGAAUCCACGACUUGAUAAAGUUUUUGACGUCAUAUGUGGCUUCGCUAUGAUAUUUUGUUUCUUGAACCCGAAAAAAGGCCAUUCAAGGUUUAGGUGUUUACUAUUUUACAUUCUAUUUUAUGUUGAAAAUGUUGCAAUGUUGACGGUUUGGUUUUUGUAUCCCACCAAUGUUGCGGAAUGGUUCCAUGUUGGGGGCUUCAUUGCUAUUUUGGCGUUGGCGUUUUUGCAUGUACUCUUUCUAUUGCUAUAUUACAUGUGUUUCCAUCCAUCUGAUGAAGACAUCAACUAUUGCUUGUCGUGGAAUGAGGUUACGCUCUACAAGCUAAUUUGUUAAUGAAGUUCCGUUCAUCUGACCAAAGGUCAAGCAUUUUUAUGUUAUGGCCUGAUUAUCCGUUGUCGUCUUCUCAGAAACUAGUUUGUUUGUUUGUUGUUUAACAAACAUAGUCGCCUUUUACGGCAAGCAUGGGUUUCUGAAGAUCUAUUCCACCCCGGAUCUUCACGGGUCCAGAAUCUAGUGGACCAAUGAAGUUGACAUUUGUUUGAUCACGAAAUGGCGACUAUGCUUGUCGUAAGAGGCGUCUAACGGGAUCGGGUGGACAGGCUCACUGACUUGGUUAAUGCAUGUCAUCCUAUCCCAAUUGCGUGGGUCGAUGCUCAUGAUGUCAAUCACUGUACUGUCUGGUCCAGACUCGAUUAUUUACAGACCACCGUCAUGUAGCUGGAACAUUGCUGAGUGCGGCGUUAAACAACAAACACCACCACACCUGAAAUGACGAGACCUAUAUUCGUACAAGAGGCUCCAAUUAGAACAACAAAUCAUUCCUGGUCAUUAUGAAGAUUUGUGGAAUUCUAAACGUUAUGGUACAUGGGAGUACACACUGUUGUUAUUCUGUUUGUUUAUAACAGUUUAUGUUUUAAAAUAUGUUACCACUGGUAGUGUAUUGUACCCGGUAUUUAAGUAUUGACUUCAACAUGUUUUGCGUUUAUGGAGGUACACACGUAUACAACCGGUAUGCAUACGGUGUUGGUGCCAAUUGUGCAAGGCAGCUUUUACUUUUAUUUGAGAAAUAAACGAAGAGUGGGAAUUCUAUUCAGGGAGUCAUCAUUAUUAAAAUUAGGGUAACUAUUAUUGAA